AUGGAAUAUUCAUGUGUCGAAUUGAAUGAUUUACCGGAUGAAAUUCUUCUAAUUAUUUUCAAAAAACUGGACAAUCUUGAACUACUUUAUUCUUUUCAAGGAGUCAAUGAACGAUUGAAAAAAAUUAUACAUGAUCAAACAUUCACAAGUCGUUUAAGCUUUCUCAAUCGGUCAUUCAAUAAAUUUAUCAAUAAAUUUUCUUCUAAUAUAAUACUUAAUGAAUUUUGUUUACAAAUUUUACCUAAAAUUCGUACGAAAAUCGAAUGGCUGGAUCUUGAAUCUGAAUCUAUGAAACAUAUUUUAGAUGCUGCUGAUUAUCCUAAUUUAUAUGCACUCGGCUUAUAUAAUAUUGAAGAAGAGACAGCUAAAUGUCUUUUUACUGUAUUAUUUAUGUAUUUAGAUGAAAGACUUUCAUCUUCUAUGUUUAAAAAUCAAAUUACAACACUUAUUAUUACAAUUGAUCCAGAUAAACAGGAGCGGUCGACAAUAGCAAACAUAUGUAAUUAUAUCUUUACUGUCUUUACCAAUUUAACUCAUUUAACAUUUUACGAUGCCGCAUAUAUGAAUAAUAUUCGAUUAUUAUUUAAUAUUCCAUCUUCUAGUUUUUCUUCUUCAUCUCUUUUGGUAUUAAAUAUCAAGGUUCAAACUUUUGAUAUGUGCCUUUAUCUUCUCGAUGGUCGUUUUGAACAACUUCGUACACUCUAUACUGAAUUGGCUAAUAUUCUUUCUCCAUCAGAAAUUGAAAAUCAAAGAAAAAUUCCAAAUCUGAAGUCUUUUGUUUUGUCUUGUAUGGCGAGAACAUUUUAUUAUAAUGAAUUAAUUCUUCCACUUAUUUAUCGAAUGUCAAAUUUAGAAGAACUUGAUAUUCUUAAUCAUAUGUUACAAUUAAAACAAUUUGCAUUUGAUAUUCGUUCGAUUAUGUCCAUUAAGAAUCAAAUGGAUUUACCAUCGAAAGAAGACAUUCAACAAUUUACAAUAUACUAA